AUGACCGCUAGUAGAAUACAGAGGUGGGCUGUUAUUUUGUCCGCGUACGAUUACGAGAUAGAAUACGUCAAAACUACAGAUAACUGUGCGGACGGGUUGUCGCGGUUGCCGGAGACGGGGCGGUCGGAGGAGGCUACUAUUCCGGAGCAGACAUAUUUACAUUUCGCUCAAGAGGCUUUACUGCUAGAUUACAAUGUAGUAAAAUUAAAAACCGCUAAGGACGCCAUGCUCAGUAGGGUUUUAUCGUACGUUAGGGACGGUUGGCCGCCAGAAUGCGACAUAGAAAACUUAAGGCCAUAUUUUAAUAGGAAACAAGAGCUUUACGAAAAGCUCGGCUGCCUAAUGUGGGGCCAUAGAGUAGUGAUACCGGAGAGCUGUAGGGCUAAAGUAUUAGAAAUAAUUCACGAACCCCAUAUGGGUAUCGUGAAACCUAAAGCGAUGGCCCGUAGUUACGUUUGGUGGCCCGGGGUAGACGAGGCCGUGGAGGCGGCGUGCCGGGCGUGCGCGGUGUGCGCGGCGCACGCGGACCAGCCGCCGCGCCACGCGCCGAGCGCCUGGACUUGGCCCGCGCGGCCCUGGGCGAGGCUGCAUUUAGAUUACCUGGGACCUAUUAACGGUAAAAUGUAUCUCGUCGUGCUAGACGCCAUGUCGAAAUGGAUUGAGGUAUUUCAAGUGCCAAGUACGGCCGCUAGCUUUACUAUAAAUAUACUAACUGAAUUGUGGAGUAAGUACGGUUUGCCUAAACAGUUGGUCUCAGACAAUGGCCCACCGUUUACCAGCAAGGAAUUUAAAGAACACACCAGUCGUAAUUUUAUUGAGCACAUAUUCACAGCGCCCUACCACCCCGCGUCCAAUGGGGCCUGUGAGAACGCGGUUAAAACUGUGAAACGAGUGAUAAAGAAAGCUAUAUCGGAACAGAAACCGGUUUCAGAAUCUUUAAAUACUUAUUUAUUGCAUUACCGUAACACGGAACAUUCCUCGACGGGGGAAACUCCUUCUAUGCUACUAAUGAAUCGUAGACUCCGCACUAGGUUAGACGCCUUAAAGCCAGAUAGGGGGGCUAAGGUCUUAGCCGCACAGAAAAAACAGACGGAGGCGGCGGGAGGGUCGCACCGGAGGGUGGAGGCGGGAGACACAGUGUGGUACAGACAAUACUUACAAGGCGAGAAAUGGGUUCCAGGUACGGUUUCAAAAGAAUUAGGGAGAACAAAUUAUAAGGUUAUUGAUAAGGAUGGUAAGGAAGUGCACAGACAUAUCGAUCAGUUGAGACGGAGGACAAGUAGGUUAAGUUCGCUGGUAGGGCCAAAUGAAGGAACUACAGAGGAACCAGUGGUGAGUACCGAAGAGUUGGGUGAGGGCGUAGGUAAUGGCGAGCUCGAAGAAGAAGGAGAAGAAGAGAUGUGGCAUGACGCCGACCGCGAAGAUCCUCAGCCGAGCCCUGCUAAAGCGCCGAACGCACCUGUACCGCCCCAGACUCGCCCUGAGCGGCAUGUGAGACAAUGUCGUGUAGACAAUCCUCCUAAGUAUAAGUACUAG